AUGGAGGCAGCUGCAGAUCUUCGGGACACAGCCUUGUUAACUCUGAAGUUUAAGUUUAAUCCAAGGUUGGGCAUUGACAAUCCUGUCCUCUCCCUGGCUGAAGACCAAUCUGAUCCCUGGAACCUGCACCGGCCUCGCUUCUGUCUGUUGAGCAAGGAGGAGGAAAAGAGUUUUGGGUUCCAUCUGCAGCAGCAGCUCGGCAAGGCUGACCAUGUGGUGUGUAGGGUGGAUCCAGGCACCUCUGCCCAGCGCCAGGGUCUCCGGGAAGGAGAUCGGAUCCUAGCAGUGAACAAUAUUCUCGUGGCACACGAGGACUAUGCGGUGGUAGUGCGCUACAUCCGGGCCAGCGGUCCCCGGGUUUUGCUGACGGUCUUGGCACAAAACGUUCACGAUGUGGCACGUGCUCAGCGGGAGAGCGAUGCUUUCCUCUGUCCUACCCUAGUCUCGGGGGUCAGGCCCCGGUUGUGCCAUGUCGUAAAAGAUGAAGGUGGCUUUGGCUUCAGCGUCACCCACGGAGCUCGGGGUCCUUUCUGGUUGGUGCUCAGUGCAGGAGGAGCUGCUGAGAGGGCAGGGGUGCCCCCUGGGGCCAGGCUGCUAGAAGUGAAUGGAGUCAGCGUGGAGAAGUUGACUUACAACCAGCUCAAUAGGAAGCUUUGUCAGAGUGGAGAUCGGGUGACUCUGCUGGUGGCAGGGCCGGAGGUAGAGGAACAGUGUCACCAACUAGGAAUGCCUCUUGCUGCACCCCUGGCAGAAGGCUGGGCAUUGCCCGCCAAGCCCCGGUGUCUAAACAUAGAGAAAGGGCCUCAAGGCUUUGGGUUCCUGCUCCGGGAGGAAAAGGGCCUGGACGGUCGACUUGGGCAGUUCUUGUGGGAGGUGGAUCCAGGACUGCCAGCUGACAAGGCCGGGAUGAAGGCUGGAGACCGCCUGGUGGCUGUGGCUGGGGAAAGCGUGGACGGGCUGGGCCAUGAGGAAACAGUGUCUCGGAUCCGAGCGCAGGGAUCUUGUGUCUCCCUCAUUGUUGUCGAUCCUGAGGCUGACCGCUUCUUCAGCAUGGUACGCCUAUCUCCCCUCCUCUUCUUGGAGAACACCGAGAUUGCUGCCCCUCCUCUGGCAGCAACCAAGGAUCUUCCAGUCGAAGAAGACACAGUUGAGCCUUCUGGCCUUGCUGGCUCCCGCCAAUGCUUCUUGUACCCUGGGCCUGGAGGUGGCUAUGGAUUCAGACUCUGCUAUGUGGCCAGUGGGCCUUGUCUUUUCAUCUCCCAGGUGACCCCAGGAGGCUCAGCUGCCCGGGCAGGGCUACAAAUGGGAGAUAAGAUUUUGGAGGUGAACGGAUAUCCUGUGGGUGGAGACAUUGACCUGGAUAGACUUCAGGAGCUGGCUGAAGCCGAGCCACCCCUCUGCCUGAAGCUGGCAGCUAGGAAUCCACAGGGCUUAGAAGCCUGGUUUUCCUCAGAGUCUGGAGAGGACUGGACUCUGGCUUCCGAGUUGCUAUAGGAGAACCCUGCUUGGCAUAGACUUACUGGCAUAGACUUGCCUAGUGGUCCUCCUGCUCUUGCUCUGCACCCUGAGGUGGAGGGAGCCAGGAACAGUCUCUCUAAGUUGGAAGUGGGAGCUGGAGAAUUCAGACACCACUGAUCACAGGACUGCCGGGGACCUUCUCCAAGGCGAACUCAUGAGGGAGCCUGAGUCUCCAGAGGAUGUUAUAUGGAAGUUUUGGGGAGCUGUGCCCCAAAGAUGAAGUUCUGCUCAAGAAGACAAUACUGUGGAGCCCUUAGGAUUGAAGCCAUUGAGAACAUGGGUUCCGUGUGACUCUUGUCAUGUGGCAGAAGGAUUUGAGCCGUAUGUUCCUUCUACUGGAUACCUUAGAAUCUUGGGAGCUGGUUCUUGGCUACUGUAAUGUCCUGUUACAGCCCUUCCCAGUUGGCCAGUGAGAUGGUUCAGAAGGUAAAGGUGUUGUUCUAAGCUUGACAGCCUGAGCUCACUCACCAGAACCACACGGUAGAAGCCAGCUCCUGGAAGUCGUCUUCUGACCUCUAUAUGAGCACUUUAGUAUAAAUAUGCUACAGUCCAAAUAAAUAAAUAAAUAAAUAAAUAAAUAAAUAAAUAAAUAAAU